AUGGGUCUACUUGAAAACCUAUGGGACGACGUUGCGGCUGGUCCUCGACCUGAAGCCGGUGGCCGUGGCCAUCUCCGGCGAAUAUCCACCAGCUUAAACAAUAUCAAAGCAGUGGCGGGAUCGGCAUCUCUUCCGGCAAGUCCGGCAACUCCGGUGACGCCGGGAUCAGGUCGGAAAGUGGAUGUGUGGAGGAGUGUGUUUCAUCCGGCAAGUAAUCUGACCACAAGGGAGAUUGGUGCUAAUGUCUUUGACAAACCAUCCCAUCCUAAUUCUCCCACUGUUUAUGACUGGAUGUACAGUGGCGAGAGCAGGAGCCAGCACCGUUGA